GGGUUCUUUCAACCCAGUAAGGACAAUCGAUGGCAUGUCCACUCUAGCCUUGGGCUUCCAAGUUUUGCUGCUUGAGCGGUCGGGUUCUCCGGCUGCUCAAGCCUGAUGGAGCGAGCCUGCUCCCUGCUCUGAUGACCCCAUGAGGUGUAGAUCACCUGUUUGUUGGACGGAGGUGGGCGAAAGGAGCAUUUUAGGCCCAGAAUUGGUGCAAUAAUCUUCUGAGAUUGUGCAGUUGAUCAAAGAAUGCCUUCGUGCUGCACAAAGCAGGUGUCACCCACUCGAGGUGUCCUCAGGUUUGGCAUCCGAGGAAAAUUGAGUCCGAGAUAUAUUGGACCAUAUCCUAUCUUGGAAAGGAUUGGUGAGGUAGCUUAUCGAUUGGAGUUGCUUGGAAAUUUAGCGGAUGUUCAUGAUGUGUUUCACGUGUCCUUACUUCAGAAGUAUGUUCUCGACCCAAGUCACAUCAUUAAUCUCGAACCAAUUCAACUCCGGGAGGAUCUCACUUAUGACGAGCACCCGAUCCACAUUUUAGAUUUCAAGGAGAGGAUAAUGCGGAGAAGGACUAUUCAUUUUGUUAAGGUCCUCUGGGAUAACCAUUCGGUUGAAGAAGCUACUUGGGAGUUGGAAUCCAAGAUGAGACAAGAACAUCCGCACCUCUUCCAAGAUUGAGGUAUGAGUUUAAGGGACUAAACUCCUUUUUAGGAGGGGUGGAUGUAAUACCCCAAAAUUUUCAAGAACAAUUAAGUGUGAGCUAGGGACCAAAUUGUGAGAAAAUAAUAUUGUUGAACUUAA